AGUUAUAUCAGAUGUCGGAACCCUUCGUCUUCAUUUUCCCUCAAAAUCACCCUCUAAAAUCAAAAAUCGCCGUGAAAAAGCUGCACGGAAUCAGAUUGAGAGAUGAGCAAAUCGGGAAGCAUUGGAGCAACCGGGGAUCCGGUGGCGACACCGAAAGUGGCAGUGGUUGUAUACUUAUUGAAGGGGAAUACGGUACUUUUGGGACGGCGUCGAUCUGCUGUUGGCAACUCCUCCUUUGCUCUUCCCGGCGGAAAUCUUGAGUUUGGUGAAAGCUUCGAAGAAUGUGCUGCAAGGGAAGUGAAGGAAGAAACUGGGUUAGAUAUUGAAGCAAUUGAGUUACUAACUGUGACGAACAACCUCUUGAUUGAAGGGCCAAAGCCUUUGCAUUAUGUUACCAUCUUCAUGCGUUCAUCACUAGCAAAUCCUGAUCAACUUCCACAAAAUUUAGAGCCUGAGAAAUGUCAUGGAUGGGAUUGGUAUGAUUGGGAUAUUCUUCCUCAGCCACUGUUUUCGCCCCUUGAGAAAAUGGUUCAUAGUGGCUUUAAUCCCUUCCCCAACACCCAUCUAGACUAGAGAUGAUAUUACGUGUAUGUUCUUACAUGGAAAUGGUACUAGCAAACACAGUUCAGAUUAGAGACUAGUAUCUGUGCUUGAUUUCAUUGUUUUACAGUUUGUUCCAAAAACAUCAAAAAUUAAAUAAAGUUUUAGUAUAUUGAAAUUGAAA